AUGGACGCCUAUCUACAAGCCCAGGCGAUGUUGCAGGCGGCUCUUCCAUCCGACUAUGGCUGUCUUAAUCAGGUUCCUCAACCGUCUGGCUAUGGCACAAGUGUCGGUAAUACUACUGCUCUAGCUGUAUACAACCUUCCUCACACCACUGACGAAGCUUAUAUUCUUGGCCUUUUCCCUCUAGCUACAAAGGUGAAUAUCGUUUUGAGCCAGUCGGAGCCUAGGCGGCCCCGGGGUACAAUGACUGACACAAUCUUUUUAUUUUGCUUUUCUAUCGCUCUGGCCGGCGCAGGUCUGUUUGUAAACCACAGUUUUGACGAGCCGGGUUCUUGUCUGUCUAACUGUGCAUUCGCCAUGCAGCGUUUCUUCAAGUGUCCUUUUGCAGAAAGAAGAUUCGUCACGUCGAAUGCCAUCGGCGAUUUCGAGGCCUAG